UCCGCCAUUUGCUAACUUGAGUUCGCAAAGAACGCAUUCAUUUCUGUGUCACAAUAUCUAAAAAUGGAGAAUUGUCGUACGCCCACGAACAAGACCAAAAUUACGUUGAAUUGCACGCCAACGUUAAAGGAGCGCAGAUGGAACACCCUCAAAGUGAACACCACCAACGUGCGAUGCUCUACGCCGAUUUUCGGAAACUUCCGUUCGCCCAAUCUGUCGCCCAUCGAGAGCAUGGGCACCAAGAAGAGUCCAGUGUCGCCCAUGCGGUUCGCCUUUAAGAAACCGCCUGCGAAGGCGCAUCCCCAUCCCCAUCAGCAUCAGCACCAUCACCAUCACCAUAAGCACAUUCAUCGCACGCAGCUGAAGCCGCCGCCAUUUACACUGCCCAAGCCGCAGGAGGAGAUCAUUGAGCCGGAGCGAGAAAUAAAGAUCUGCAGCAGCCCGGACACCUUUUCAGAUGACUCGAAUAUGGAGACCUCACUGGUCGUGGAGUCGCGUCGGCGUUCAAUCAAAGCAUCGAACCACUCGUACGUUGUGAACCAUGCCGCCAAUGUGGAACAGAUACUUAUGCACAUGGGCCUGGAGAACUAUGUGACCAACUUCGAGGAGGCUCACAUCGAUCUGGUGAAACUGGCCUCCAUGGAGCGGGCUGAUCUUGUCAAAAUCGGUCUAAAUGCCGAUGAGGAUUGCAACCGCAUCAUGGAUGUGCUCCACACUCUUUAAGUGGAUUGCUGGCAUGUCCAAUUUUAAGCUUACUUUAAGAUUUUAAAAUGUUUUAUGUGAAGAGAAACUUUGUGAUUUUGAUAUAUGGAUGUGGAUAAUUUAGUAGGUAUUGUAAAGAUUAUUGUAAAAGACCUGGUGUCUUGAAACUUGUCUUUUUCAGCCCUUAAGAAAAGAAAAUAUAAUUCAAUAUUUAAUGUAAUUCCUUAAAUGUAGCUCCAAAGCUCAUUUAUUUUAUAAGCUAGCAAACUGCAUAUUACUUUUUGUCAAAAAUAUUGGGGUAUAAACGCUUUGUAAAACACUCAUUUAUAUAAAAAAAACAUCAAUAAACAUAUAAGGAUCGAAUGCAUAUUAAA